UCAGCCAAGCAGGAUUCAAGAACUAACUUCUAAAGAAAAGCCCAAAGCCCAAAAGAUUGCGGGCUGCCAGAGCCUUUCACAAACUAAAAUUUUCUGUCGAAAGAAAAAACAAGUCAACGAAGAGCCUGAAACCAAAAAACCAUGGAAGAUGUCAACAACUCAAAGAUGGCCUCCUCAUAGAAAGCCUAAUCUUACGGCUCCAAAGCAGUUCCACUCAUCCAGUAAUUCAGGUGUUUUCAGGAAUUCUGUUAUCUCAAAUUCCAAUAACGAGAAUAUCAGCCUUCGAAUCGGUCACAUUUCAUGUAAACCUAUCGCACUUUAACCAUCCUCUCCUAAUCUACACCCCAAAUUUCCCCAUUAAAACCAUGUCGAGAUUCGAUCCGUAUGAGCACCUUGGUAUACGGCUCAACCCUGAUGGUACGGCCACUCGCCUCAGCCACUACCCCAACACCGAUGCCAACCCCGGGGUAAUUCCAGGUCUCCCCACUGUCUCCAAAGAUGUCACCGUCAACGGUGAAACAAAGGUCUGGGCACGCAUUUUCCUCCCCACCAAACUGCCCUCUAACGACAACACUGUGGCACGACUCCCCAUCCUGUUCUACUUCCACGGUGGCGGAUUCGCCUUCUACAGCGCCGCCAAUCUCUCAACUCAUCAACCUUGCUCAGCCCUUGCCAGCGAAGUGCCUGCCGUUAUUAUAGCAGUCAAUCAUCGCCUCGCCCCCGAGCACAGGCUUCCGGCACAGUAUGACGACGCCAUUGACACGAUCCUCUGGGUGAAGAAACAGGCUGUGGACCCAGAAGGAGAAAAAUGGCUGAGAGAUUAUGGAGAUUUUACAAGAUGUUACCUUGGUGGACGUGGCAGCGGUGGCAAUAUUGCGUUUCAUGCUGCUUUAAGAGCUCUGAAUUAUGACAUAAAGCCUUUGAAUAUCAUCGGCAUCUUUAUGAACCAACCAAUGUUUGGUGGGAAACAAAGAAUGCCAUCAGAGUUAAAAUAUGCGACGGAUCAGUUGAUACCAUUGCCUGCACUUGAUCUGUUGUGGGAGUUAGCAUUGCCUAAGGGAACUGAUCGUGACCAUCGAUUUUGUAAUCCAUUGGAGAAUGGACCGUACAAGAGUAAGGUCAGUUCGAUAGGAAGGUGUUUGGUGAUUGCGUUCAAUAUGGAUCCAAUGCUUGAUAGGUUACAAGCAUUUGUGGAAACGUUGGUGAAGCAAGGAGUUCAAGUUGAAGCACGGUUCGAUGUUGUGGGGUUCCAUGAUAUCGAUCUCGUGGAUACACAAAGAUCUCAGGCCCUUUUGAAUAUUAUUAAGGAAUUUAUCAUUUGAAAUUAGUAGUUGAAAUUUUCUGAUAUGUUUCUUCCUAUAUUGCGGAUUGAACUUCAAGCAAA